GGAGAAAACAUAAUUGUCUAAAAAUAGAGAAAGGGUUUGCUGGUGGAAUGUCGGCUUCCAGUUCUACUAUCCUUACACGGCUGCUCCGCCGUGAUGUUAAUGUUAUGAUCCUCUUCCUGUGGCCUUUCGCCGUCAUCGCAUUAAUGUUAGCAUGAUCACCAUUACUAUUACCAAAUUCUGUUAGCGCUUGUUUAAAGCUGUGAUUCAACUUUAAUCCACAAACAAAAAGUAAAAGAAGAUUGUGAUGAUGAUGAUGAGAGGGCCGUUAUUGAUCGGCGUAGUAAUCGUUAUGGUUCUUGGACUCGCGGUCUAUAUGAAGCUUUGGACCAUUGAUUACCAAAUUUCCUCCAAUGAAACCGAAUUAAUAAGAAGGCAGUUUGAUCUUGCAAACAGGGAAGCAAUGGAUGAAUCUGCAGAGUGGAGACUGAAAUUCGAUGUUGCAGAAGAACGAGCAAAUAAGUGUACCAAGGAGCUAAAAAGAGUUAAGGAGAGUCUUGGAGAUAAGAGUGGUGCCAGCAUAACCAAAAGGCUAGAUAUGUUACAGAAGGAAAAUAUAAACUUGUUGGAAAGAGUUGAGACAUUAAAACAAGAGCUUGAAGCUGAGAAGAUGAAGUGCAGUAUGCAGAGGGUGUAAGUGUUAGAAGUCUGAAUGAAUCUAUGAUUUUGACCAAAGAUGGUGGAGUUUGACUUCAAGCUUACACUGUUGUUUUGAGACUGUAGUCCGUAGAUGUAUUGUUGUAUCCAGGUAAAGGGUUAAAUACAGAAACUUUCAUUACAUCGGCAUGAAGUUAUUCAAAAGACCAUCAUA